UCACCAUCACCACCACCAUCACAAUCACCACCACCACCACCAUCACAAUCACCACCACCACCAUCACAAUCACCACCACCACCAUCACAGUCACCAUCACAAUCACCACCACCAUCACAAUCACCACCACCACCACAAUCACCACUACCAUCACAGUCACCACCACCAUCACAAUCACCACCACCAUCACAAUCACCACCACCACCACCAUCACAAUCACCACCACCACCACCACCAUCACCACCACCAUCACAGUCACCAUCACAAUCACCACCACCACCACCACCAUCACAAUCACCACCACCACCACCAUCACAAUCACCACCACCACCACCACCACAAUCACCAUCACCACCACCACCACCAUCACAAUCACCAUCACCACCACCAUCACAAUCACCACCACCACCAUCACAAUCACCAUCACCACCACCAUCACAAUCACCACCACCACCACCAUCACAAUCACCACCACCACCACCACCAUCACCACCAUCACCACCACCAUCACCACCAUCACCACCAUCACCACCAUCACCAUCACAAUCACCAUCACAGUCACCACCACCACCAUCACAAUCACCAUCACCACCACCAUCACAGUCACCACCACCACCAUCAAAAUCACCACCACCAUCACAAUCACCACCACCACCACAAUCACCACCACCACCAUCAAAAUCACCACCACCAUCACAAUCACCAUCACCAUCACAAUCACCACCACCACCAUCACAAUCACCAUCACCACCACCAUCACAGUCACCACCACCACCAUCAAAAUCACCACCACCAUCACCAUCACAAUCACCAUCACAGUCACCAUCACAGUCACCACCACCACCAUCACAAUCACCAUCACCACCACCAUCACAGUCACCACCACCACCAUCAAAAUCACCACCACCAUCACCACCACCAUCACCAUCACAAUCACCAUCACAGUCACCACCACCACCAUCACAAUCACCAUCACCACCACCAUCACAGUCACCACCACCA